AUGUCAAUAUUCCUCAUCUCAUCAAACGGAUUAUCCCAUAGGGGAAUUCGGAACUUGCGGACUUGUCAUAAGCGGUCGCCCCAGAUACAAUUGGUACAUUGGUUGGUGGUAGAGCUGGGUCGUACGCGUACACAUCCGCCGAUCUUGGUUCUACCGCUUGCCUGUUGGUUGUUUGCCUGUUGGCUGUGUCCGCCCAUUGCUGUAGUUCCAGUUGUUCCCAUAGUCACUUGUGAUAUCUGCGUGGCUGCUUCGGCUGGAAUUGCAGCAGGUACGUUGUUGGAUCUAAUCGAUGCUACUUCAGCUCGCAAUUCCGCCAGCUGCGUUUCCACUUGUUGCGUUUGUGCGGCUUGUCCCGUUGCCCUUCUUGCUGGCAAUCCUUGA